CUAUGCCUGAACCUGCUAAGUCAGCACCCAAGAAGGGGUCGAAGAAAGCCGUGACGAAGACGGCAGGCAAAGGAGGGAAGAAGCGCAGAAAGUCCAGGAAGGAGAGCUACGCUAUCUACGUGUACAAGGUGCUGAAGCAGGUCCAUCCCGACACCGGCAUCUCUUCUAAGGCUAUGGGCAUCAUGAACUCGUUUGUGAACGACAUUUUUGAGCGCAUCGCUGGUGAGGCUUCACGUUUGGCUCACUACAACAAGCGUUCGACUAUCACUUCCCGAGAGAUUCAGACUGCCGUGCGCCUUCUGUUGCCUGGUGAGCUGGCCAAGCACGCGGUGUCUGAGGGCACCAAGGCUGUCACUAAAUACACGAGCUCGAAGUAAAGUCACUCAGAUAAACCAAAGGCUCUUUUAAGAGCCACCUAUCUAUUCAUUUAAAAAGCAAAAUUUCUUUCA